AUGUCCUUCUUGGGCAACCAGUAUGGAUGGGCGUCAGGGAAUGUUGUGGGCUAUGAGGCUGUUCUAUCCAGCGGGUCUAUCGUCUACGCCACCUCAACGAACGAAUACUCUGAUCUCUUCUGGGCACUCCGUGGAGGGGGCAACAACUUCGCCAUUGUCACCAGGUUCGAUCUCAAGACAUACGAGAUUGAGAAGGUGGCCGUUGGCAACGUGGCUUACGGCUCCGGCCAGCGUGACUCCUUCCUUGCCGACCUGUACGACUUCUCCCGGAAUGGAGUGCAGGACCAACGAGCUUUUGUCCUCCCGACCAUCUCCUACGUCCCAGCCGCGGGGCCUAACAUUACAUAUUCGGCGACGCUGUUCUACAACGACAACAACGAAACCUCUCCCUCCGCACUGCAACGAUUUCUCCCCCCGCAGGUCAUCCCGAAGACCAGCACUUUUGCAACCCGCACUCUGGCUAACUGGUCAGCCGAGGCCGACCAGGGCUUCGACCAGGUGCACGGCCAGAACUUCCGAUUUCACGGCUUCACCAUGUUGUCGAACCUCGAUGCCUUGUACACCGCGCACGACGCAUUUUUUCAGCUUGCCCAGGAACGCGGCCCAGCGAUCAAAGGGUUCAUCUCCACGCUUGCUAUGAACCUUAUCUCGCGGUCCUUCAUCGAGACGAACCGGGGGGCUGAUCCGGCUGGCGAUCCUAUGGGUAUUGACAGCGAUGCAGGGCCGUACUUUAUGUGUGAGCAGACCUUUUCUUGGUCGCUCAAGAACGACACUGGCGCCAUUGAGACGCUCAUUGCGGACAUCAACUCAGAGAUGAGCGCCAAGUUGGGAGACAAGAUGGUUCCUUUUUUGUAUCUCAACAACGCGGGAAAUGGGCAGGAUGUGUUCAACACGUACAACGCCGCAAAUCUGCAACGGCUAAAGACCAUCAAGGCCAAAUACGACACCGAAGGAGUGUAUACCAGCUUGCUGGUGGGAGGGUUCAAGCUAUGA